AUGCCGCUCCCUCCUUCAGCCUACUCUGCCUUCCCGGUUGAGCGAACAGCAGCUCCGCCGGACGCGUGGGACGACUGGGAAGAGGACUACUCGAGGGACGAACGGCCUACUACGGAGCAGGCGAAAAACGCACGGCUGUGGCAGAACGCCAACGUCGUCAAGCCGACAUACUCUAUCCUACCCUCGUCCUCGGCCCGCGCCCCUCCUUCCGCCGCACUAGACGCCUCCACCGCCAACGGUCCUCCGCAACUGAAGAUCCUCAAGCGCCCUUCUCCCGCACCCAACGCUUCCGCCUCUUCUUCGAGCCGGACAUCGAGUAGUGAAGGGCGUGCGAGGCAGGAAAAGUCGCUGGCGGAGAGGGAGAAGGAGUAUGCGGAGGCGAGGAGACGGAUCUUGGGCGAGGAGGCGGUUGCGGUGAAGUCCUCGUCGUCGCCGUCGAGGAGGAAUGGGUCGGCGAAGGGUGUGCGAGAAGGGAUGGAGAAGCUGUCGUUGCAGGGUGGGUCGAAACGGGAUUCGUCGCCUGGGGAGACUGCUAGUCGCCCGACCUCGUCCAAGUCCGCUUCGCCCGCCAACACCAGCCGCCGAGAACGUCUCUCAAGCACCUCAUCUGCCUCGACACCUCGUAAUCUGUCUCAGUCGUCUCGCCCGCCCUUGACAAACGGAGCAUCUGCCGUACGUGCACCGAAGGGACCGAGCGAACAGGAUGGCCUUGAGCAGACUCGGCCCAACACCUCGCAUCCGACAUGCACAGAGUCGUCACAGCAGCAAAACGCCGCCUCCACAGGUGUCAUUGCCGCCACAGCGGACGAUUUCUGCGCCUACACCGCUAGCGUCCGCCCGCUACGCAGAUCUCUCGCACCGGAGAUGAGCACAUCGUAG